GCGGGCGGGAGGCGGCAGGUGCGGGCCGGGCGCUGCGUGCCUCCCCAGCUCCCGCUCGGCGCCCGCGCGGCUCAGCAUGAAGGUCCGCUUCGCUCCCAUCAAUGUCCCCCUGAAGAGGAGGAUCCAGACCGUCGCGGUGCUGCAGUGGAUCUUCUCCUUCCUCCUGCUGGGGCAGUUUUGCUGUGGAUUAUUCGUGCUCUUGAUUCUGAGCAACUUCUGGUUCCUUGGUGUUCUGUACCUGCUGUGGCUGUACCUCGACUGGGGAACGCCAUGCGCUGGGGGCAGGCGGUCACAGUGGGUCAAGAAUUGGACUGUUUGGAAUUACUUCAGGGAGUACUUCCCCAUUCAGCUAAUCAAAACUUCAGAUUUGGAUCCAAAGCACAACUACUUACUUGGCUUUCACCCUCAUGGGGUGCUGGUGGCUGGAGCCUUUGGAAACUUUUGCACUGGUCCAAGUUUCAAAAAUUUAUUUCCCGGACUUACUCCAUAUCUUCAUAUCAUGCCCAUCUGGUUUGGCUGUCCUUUCUUCAGAGAAUAUGUAAUGAGUGCUGGAAUGGUUUCUGCCUCCAAGGAGAGCGUCUCAUACGUGCUGAAUAACGCGGGAGGCGGCCAUGCAUCCGUCAUUGUGAUUGGAGGAGCAGAGGAAUCUCUGAAUGCACAUCCUGGGAGUUUGACUUUGAACAUUCUCAAGAGGAAGGGCUUCAUCAAAAUGGCCUUGAAACAUGGAGCUCAUUUGGUCCCAGUGUUUUCCUUUGGUGAAAAUGAGCUCUUCAAGCAAGUUGCAAACCCCAGAGGUUCACGGCUCAGAACUGUACAGGACAAGCUGCAAAAGAUAAUGGGCUUUGCUCUACCACUGUUUCAUGCCCGAGGAAUAUUUCAGUACAGUUUUGGCUUAAUACCUUUCAGGCAACCAAUUCAUACUGUAGUGGGAAGCCCCAUCCUUGUAAAAAAGAACCCGAAUCCCACCAAUGAAGAGGUUGAACAGCUACAUGCACUGUAUCUGCAGGAACUCAGAAAAUUAUUUGAAGAGCACAAAGGAAAAUAUGGAAUCCCUGAGCACAAAACUCUUAUCUUUGAGUAGUAAAUUACAAUUUAUAAUUGCAAAUCUCAUGGAAAAAAAAAAUAUAUAUAUAUAUGCUGAAAGAGGUUUUUCUUGCCAUCUGUAUUUUGCAAUCUAUAAUUAGCCUUGUGUAAGGAACAAUUUUAAGAAGGGAUUAAAUAGUUUAUUGAUCUUUAUCUUAUGGAAAAAAACAAACAAACAAAAACACAACCAACCAUCCUUAGGGUGUGAGCCUCGAAGCAAGUGCUGUUUCAAGUUGCCAUUUGGGGUUCAUCAGUACUAAAAAUGCCAGUGAGAGACCCAACACUGAUGUUCUUACUACCAAGUACUUUACCAUAGCUUGAGCAGAGGACGUUGUCCCAGCAUGACAUCAAGAGCUGGAAAAAUAAAUAGACCUGAGGUCUGUCGUUGGAAGCUGGGAGUCCUACCAACACAUGUCAAAUAUGACAGCAAGUUUUCCUCUGAACAUCAAGAGUCUGCUGCUCUUCCAUGGAAGAAGUUGUAUGCUUUCAAUAGGUGGCUACUACAAGCCAUUUACGUGUGAAUUCAUGAAUAACUAAGAGUUUUCUGCCUUGAAUAGGACAAUCAGCAAAAGUGGUUUGUCCAACUGAUGGAGCAGGCCAAACUCUGCUGGAAGGAAGGACAUUGUGUUGAGUUAUUCUGUGUGCAUGUAUCUGCUGGGUGGUGGGAAGCACUGUAUAAUAUGGCCUUUUUAGACAAGCUGUACUUUGGAUCAUCGGUUUGUAAGAUGAAGCAGCUUUGUUCACUAGUUCUAAUCUCACAGGAGAUGUCAGGACAGGAGAAUUAUACAAUGAAACCAGCGUGGAAAUGAUGUGAAUUUCACCUCCUGUACAAAUCAGAAAUUGUAUGCCAAGCACUGCCACAGAAGGAAGGGAAAGUGGCAUUUGUUCAAGUCUAGUUCUUACACUUCACCAAGAAAAGUGUUCUUGAUUUAUGCCUCUUUCUUCCCCACUGAUAGAUGUGGAGAGGUACAUGGGGAGCUGUGUCUGUGUGAAGAGCUGUAAUUGCCCCAGGGCAGUGGGAGCAGGGCUCUGAGGUGCAGUGGGUAGAGAGGAUGCUUUGUGUACAAACAGCUGCCUAGAUUUGAGAGGUUUUUCUUAAAUGUGGAUGUGCAUUGAAGAGGGAAAAAAAAUCUUAGCCAAACUCCUUUUCAGUUAAAGUGCCUAGGUCACUGAGAUGAUGAUGUGUGAAGAGAAUUACAGUAUUUUAUUAAACUUCUUAAUGAAAUUCUUCAAUUUGUAAAUGCUUUCCAUCUGUGUGUGGACUUAGCGGACCUGCUUUUAUUGGCAAAUAUUUGGUUUGCCCUGGGCAGCUUUGGUGCCUGAGCUUUUUGUGGGUUAGGUGCUUUGACAGGACACACACAGGUGCAUUGGGCUGUGUGCAGCCAGGGGAGCCCAGCACAGGGUGCAGGUAGCAGUGCUGGCUGCCUGGGAGAUGCUGAGCACAUUUGAGUCUCCUCAGGAGAAAUGCAGUGGGGAUUUUGAGGAGAGUUAAAGCCUUGGAAAGAAAAGAUCUUAGCAAAAGGAAGGUCUUUAGGGAAAAAGGUGAAAUACUUUGAUUCCUGAGGAGUGGGUUCUUAAUGAACCAAAGCUGUAGAUACUUGCUAGAUGGAGCAGAUUUCUGUUGGGCUAACAUGUUGUGGAAGGCCUCCAGCAGACUGGUGUCCUUUAGGAGAGCUGUGCCUUCUGCUGUGUCUGUCACUCAGAGGUGACCAGCACUCAGCCAGCAAAUCCUGCUAGGAUUGUGGAUGUCUUUCUGGGAGGCAGGAUGAGAGCUGCAAGCUGUGGUGCCUGAAGAAGCUCCCUCUUCCCUGGCAGGCUGCUGUUGUGUCCGCAAUCCAUCUCUAUGUACUUCAGCUUUCUUGGUGCCACAUGCUCUUGCAUGCAUCUACACAACCCUUUUGCUGCCUGAUGAUCACUGUGGUGUAGGCAUGUAACUUCCUCCUGCUCUGUCCAUCUCUCCCCAGGUUAAGAUCUCUGAAUGACUGUUUGCAUACAAAACAAUGGGUAUGGACUUAUCGUCCACAGAAAUGGAGUUUACAAGCAGGGCUUGAGAAGAGGAAGCACUAUGAGUGUGAAUGUUUAACAUGAGCUUAAGCUCAGGACUGUUUUAGCUCUUGGAAGGGCAUGUGUCUAGGGAAAUCAAACACAGCAGGUUUGAUAGGUGGGGAGAAGCCUCUAGCAUCCUGAAGGCUGUAGUAAGCAAUGAGCACUGCGUAGUUGCUGACCCAUUUUUGCAUACCAGCUAUGUGAAAUUUCCUUCAGAUUUGUUUUUUUGCUGCCUGCCCUGAUGAGGAGUGCUGAUGUAGUCAUGCAGGAAGAAUUUGGAGUGAGUCUGUGUCAGACUGUUCUCUCCUAGAUCACCUGCUCUAAUAAGACAUUUCCUCUCAUUUUCAGCCUGCUCUUCUCCUAGUACCUAAUGAUAUAGAAGCUCAGGAUGUAAAUAUGAAAGCAUAAGCACUGGGUUGAGGAUGGGUAAUGUUUAGAUUGUUAUCGAUCAAAUUAGCCCCAAAUCAUAAGGAACAGUCAGAGGUGACCAGCACUCAGCCAGUGAAUUUCUGCUAGGGAAUAUAAAGACCCAGGUUUUGGGCAAUAUCUGGUCCAGAGGGAACUUUACAAACGGUCUGAAUUUUAUGAGAAAAUGACUUGUGGUCUCUGAAUACUGUUGAUAACCAGCAUAGUUAGAAUAAGUAGGGGCUGUGUUACUGUGACUUCUUGUGUUUUCUUUGCCUUAUAACACAGGAAGAUUGAAGGAAAAAGUAAAAUAAUCUUCAAACCAAUACAUAUUGUUGCUUGACAAAUGCUGCAUAUUGCCAAUGAUGAUCUUUACAAACCUUGAUAUGAAGACUUAUGUGGUGCUCAAACUUUUGGUGGGAUGUCCACACAUACCUGGACCUGCAUUGUGAUGUUUCUCUUUGUGCCUGUAAUGAGACAGGUAGUCCCAGGGCAGCUGGUCAUCCAUUGCAGAGAUGGAUGCUCUGUGUUUAUGCCGUGCAAUAGUGCCUCUCCAGUGUUCUCCAGCCAGCAGUGCCUGCCUGUUGCCUUGUGAGUGAAUGUCUCUUCCAAAUUCCAUUUACAGAAAGCCUUUACAUAUCACUCCUUAAGAAUUUUUACUCUGUGAACCAUGGAAAGUAUUCUACACACUGUAGCUUUUUAUGGCACUGGAAAAAUAUGACCACCAUUUGUUUCAGUGAUAGAUGUGGCAAGGUGGUGUGAGAUAAUAAAGGUUUGUACCAAAGA